GAACCUGCUGCUACUUCUAACAAUUUGCUUUGCAAGGUUCAAGUUGGUUAUCAGUGUCCUACUUUACCUAUUUCUUCUGCUAAUCUUGCAUUGGAAUAUUCAUCAAUCAAACCUCCCUUUAUCACAAAGAAUAGGCUUGCAAUUACAAUCACGAAGAUCUGUCGUACGCUACUUCUAAUCAACUUGGCCCAAUUUGUUCGUGUCCAAUUUCUUAAGUAUCUUCUUCUAGAUCUGCAGGUACACAACUCCUUCUGUCAGAUUCUUUUUAGGCAAUUCAUUGAUGGAGGCAUUUCUUGAAAUCUUAAAGAUAGUUGGGAAUUAUGUAGGCUGCCACAGAAAACUUGAAGAAGAUCUGAAUGAGUUCAGAAGCGAAUUUCAGGUUUUAAAGAGGAGAAGAAUUAACGUUAAAUCAAGAAUACAAGCAGAGGUUUACUCGGGGCGAGUGGUCAAACAGGAAGUGAGGGGCUGGCUUAACGAUGUUCGAAAGAUCGAGAAAGACAAACAAGAUGUUGAAGAAAGGGCACGCAGAGUUCCAUACCUCAAACGUGCCAGUCUUUGUAAGGUUGUGCGUGAAAAAUUUGAAGUGUUGAGGAGAAUUCAAGAGAGGGGCAUUUUCAAUGAAGGCCUUGUGAUUGAGAGAGCUCCAUCUCGUGGGGUCAUAAUUCCAACAGAGAAUUUAGUGGGGGAAAUUUCUACUACAGAUGAAAUUUGGGAGUACUUGAUGGGUAAUGAGUUUGGAAUGAUUGGAGUUUGUGGGAUUGGUGGAGUUGGAAAGACUACAAUCAUGAAGAAUCUCCACAAUGAUUUAAAAAGACAGACUGGAUUUCAGAAAGUGAUUUGGGUUACUGCAUCGCAUCCUCUCAAUAUUUUUGAAUUACAAAUGAAGAUUGCUGAUGCUAUGGGCGAAAGACUUCUAGAGAAUGAAGAGGUGAUGAUGCGAGCAGCAGCACUAAUGGAAAUAAUGAGAAGAGUGAGAUUUGUGCUAAUAUUAGAUGAUGUAUGGGAAAGGUUCUCUCUCACGGAUGUUGGAAUUCCAGAACCGACAGUGCAAAAUGGGUGCAAAGUAAUUAUCACUAGUAGAUCAGCAGACGUAUGCAGUUAUUUAGAUUGUAAGAUUGUUAAAGUGCAGCCUCUUUCACAAAAGGAGUCUUUAACUCUAUUCCUCAAUAAAGUUGGACAUGAUGUUUUAAAAAUUUCUGGGUUGCAAGAAAUCUUGAAGCUUGUUGUGAAUGAGUGUGCUGGUUUACCACUUGCUAUUGUUGUGAUAGCAGGAAGCAUGAAAGGAGUGGCUGAUAUUAAGGUGUGGAGAAAUGCCCUUACAGAGUUACAAAAAGGUGUUAAGAGUGUGAAAGGUUCAGAUGAUGAGAUAUUUUUGCGGUUAAAAUUUAGUUUUGACCGUCUAAAAAGUUUGCAAAUCCAAAAAUGUUUUCUAUAUUGCUCCUUGUUUCGAGAAGAUCAUGAGUUUUCUAGAAAGGAGUUGAUAGAAGAUUGGAUUGAUGAAGGACUGAUUGAUGAGUUGGGAAGUAGACAAGCAGCUUAUGAUAGGGGCCAUGCUAUUUUAAAUAGUCUCCAACAGAAUUUCUUGUUAGAGGAAAGUGUUCGAAUUCAUGGAGUUAAGAUGCAUGAUGUUGUGAGAGACAUGGCUAUCAAAAGCAUUGGUCCUGGAUUUGGAUAUAUGGGAAAAGCUGGUAUGAAAUUGACAGAGGUACCAAAUGAGCGUGGAUGGGGAAAUGAUAUUAAGAAGGUAUCUUUAAUGGCAAAUGAAAUUUCAAAAAUUCCUGUUGGUUUGUCUCCAAAGUGUCCGUUGCUGACAACUUUGAUAAUGUCAUGGAAUCUUAAUUUGUUAGAGAUUCCAAGUUCCUUUUUUGAAGAUAUGGUCGGACUUAAGGUUCUUGAUCUUUCUGAUACUGGUAUUGAAGCACUACCUGAUUCCAUCUCUAACUUGUUGAAUCUCUCUGCAUUGCGGUUGGGGUAUUGCAUUAAGUUAAAGUACUUGCCUUCCGUAGCAGAGCUUAGGGCAUUGAAGAAGUUGGAUCUGCAUAGGGCAGGGAUUGAGGAGGUCCCUCAAGGCUUGGAGAUGUUGGUAAGUCUUGAAUAUCUUGAUUUAUUUUGUCGAAAUCUGAAAGAGAUUCCAACGGGAAUAUUACCUAAACUUUCCAGUCUCCAGUACCUGGUUGUAGAUCUAAGCAGCGGAAUUACCACAAGGAUAAAUUUAGAAGAGAUUGUUAGAUUGAGCAAGUUGGAGAGUUUGAAAUGUGAAAUGGAGGGCAUACUAGACUUCAACUAUCUAGUCAAUAAGUCUAAAGAUUUUGAAAGUCGUACGGCUUAUGAUCUUCAACUGCUUAUGAAGAAAGAAUACGGCUUUGAAUAUGGAGUAUAUGCUGAAUUACAACAUAAGCUUGAGGCAUUGUUGAUGCAGCGUUGUAAAAACAUGAAAAACAUGAGAUGCAGCUUAACCAAAGUAGUUUUGUUAGAAAAUGCAACCGAGUUGAGAAGGUGUUCUAUUCAGGGUUUUGAAGGGAUAGAGUGCUUGGUUGAGUUGGACUCAUCCUCCUCCUCAUUGUGUUAUCCAGUUCUCAAUAAGCUUGAAGAAUUGGAUCUUUGGCAUUUGCCUAGUUUGUGUUUAUUGGUGAGAGUGGAAGGAGUAGCAAUACCACCGCACAUCUUUUCCAAUCUUAAAAUUCUUAGAAUAGGCAGGUGUUCGGGAAUAAGGAAGUUAUUUCCACUUGAGCUACUGCAUGUCCUCCAAAACUUAGAGGAGAUUGAUGUUGGCGAUUGCGAACAAAUGGAGGAGAUAAUAGCCUCAUCAGAUUCAGAUGCAUCAUCGGAUAAGUUCACUUUUCCCAAGUUAAGGACAUUGCGCUUGUGGCACAUGGACCAAUUGAAGAGCAUCUGCAGUGCCAAUGGAGCUAUGGUUUGUGAUUCUAUUGAAGAAAUUAUCAUAAUUAGAUGUCCAGAGUUAAAGAGGAUCCAUUUACAGCUUCCUCUGCUUAAUAAUGGUCAGCCAUCUCCUCCUCCUUGUCUCAGAAGAAUCGCGAUAGAUGAAAAGUCAAAAGAAUGGUGGGAAUCUGUGGUUGAGUUGGAUCAUCCUAAUGCUAAGAACAUACUCCAACCUUUCUUGAAAUUUUUAGAGAAUGGGGGGGAGUUAUUGACAAAUCUUCAACUUUUCAGUUUUAAGCUAAACGAGUCACGUGCGAGCCCAAUAACACGUGCCAAUAAAACCUCUUCUUCCAGCACUCCACAACAGGAAUGAUGGGAAAAGGGCGUCUACAUGGGAAGCCUAUGCAUUGUGGAAGAGAUGAGAUUGAGAUGCAUCCACCCUUUACCCUCUGCUCUCCUGUGCUAUCUCAUAAACUCCAAUUAUGAUCUUUUCUCAAGCAAAGCAAAAUCAAGAGGGACUCACCCACUGCCAAUAGUCUUUGGUUUCAUUUAUGAUAAAUUUUUGUUUUUCAAUUUAUGUCUUUUUUUUUUUUUUUUUAAUUUUAUUGGAUGAACUUGGUUUUGUAUCUUUUGGUAAUUUCUUUGUAUUGUAAGUUGUUAAGCGUGUUAUAUUAUGGGAUUUCUACUCUUGUUUCUUUGGUGCUUGAUUGCUUCAUAUAAUGAAUCUGUUGUCAAUUU